AUGGAUAAGGUUAAACGAGACAGGAGAAAGACCCUAUCUAUUUCAAACAUACGUUUUUCUUCAAGAAUCAUGAUGAGUUCCUGGCCAAAUCGUUCUGGAUGGUUCAGAAGAUUCCGAUCUUCAAAAGAAAAAGAAUCGUUCGAAAAUGAGAAAAAUGACAUCGAAAAGAAUCAAAGUGAUAUUUUUGCGCUGCGGUGA